AUGUUUAUUUUUAAUUUAUCCUUAUCCUUUUCCAUAUCCACUGAUCCACUUAUACGUUCAACAAAUUCUGGUCGUGUCCGUGGUUUUGAUUCAUAUUUUCGUACGUCUGAUUCACCACGUCUUUAUCAUGUUCGUGCUUGGCUUGGUAUUCCAUUUGCUAAACCACCAAUUGGUUCACGUCGUUUCAAAGCUCCAGAACGUGUUAAACCAUGGUCAGGUAUACUUAAUACUACACAUUUUCCAGCAACUUGUUGGCAAACAGAACAAAUUGUUUAUCAUCUUGAAGCAGAAAAAAUUUGGUCACCAAAUACAAAAUGUAAUGAAGAUUGUUUAUAUUUAAAUAUAUGGGUACCAGUUAGUAAUUCUCAAUCAAUACAACUAAUGCCUGUACUUGUUUGGAUUUAUGGUGGAGCUUUUGUAACUGGCUCAAGUGCAGUAGAUCUUUAUGAUGGAAGAAUAUUAGCAGCAACAAAUAAUGUUAUUGUUGUUUCUAUGCAAUAUCGUUUACAAAGUUUUGGAUUUUUAUUUCUUGAUAGACCGGAUGCACCUGGUAAUCAAGGUUUAUAUGAUCAAGCUCUUGCUUUAGAAUGGAUACAUCAUAAUAUAGGUUAUUUUGAUGGUGAUAGUCAACGGAUAACUUUAUUUGGUGAAUCAGCUGGUGCCGUAUCCAUUGGUUUUCAUUUAUUAUCACCCCGUAGUCGAUCUUUAUUUUCAAAUGCUAUUUUAGAAAGUGGAGGACCAACAUGUAAUUGGGCAUAUAUAACAGCUCAAGAAGGACGUAGACGAUCACAUAAAUAUUUAAAUGAAUUUUAUUCAUUGGUAACAAAACGUUUAUUAAAUGAACAAUAUAGUAAUGAACGUGAAAAAAUUCCUGAAGUUUGUCAACGAGGACCAAAUGUUGAUGAUAUUGAAAUAAUGUUUGAAUGUGCAAUAAAUUAUCCAAUUUUUGAUGAAGAUCAUUAUGCUUAUAUAACAAAUGCUGAAUAUACUAUUCAAGAUGGUGGUCCAAUGUUUUUUCUUCUUAUGCCUGUUAUUGAUGGAACAUUUCUACCUCAAAAUCCGGUAGCAAUGCUUAAAACAGGAAAUUUUAAGAAAUGUCCUCUUUUAUUGGGUGCAAAUCGUGAUGAAGGUUCAUAUUUUAUGGUUUAUGCUCAAGGAAAUGAAAAAACACCAGGUAAUGCUGCACCUGAUGUAAAUUAUGCAACAUUUAUUAAACAUCUUGAACUUUAUUAUAAUUAUAUACCUUCUUAUCCAUAUAAAACUUCACCUAUUGUUAUUCAAUCAUUAAUUCAAAAAUAUACUGAUUGGUCUGAUUGGUCAGAUAAUAUACGAAAUGCUGUUAUAUUAAGUCAUGCUGUAGGUGAUGCUCAUUUUACAUGUCCAACUGUAACUGUUGCUAAUGCUUAUGCAAUACAAAAUAUGUCAGUUUAUUUUUAUCAUUUUGUUGCAAGACCAUCAACUAGUGAUUGGCAUUCAUGGACAGGCGUUAUGCAUGGAGAUGAAAUAAUGUUUGUCUUUGGUGAACCUCUUAAUGCAACUGAUAGUAAAUUUUAUAAACAUGAAGAAAUUCAAUUAGCUAGAAAAAUAAUGACUUACUGGUCAAAUUUUGCUAAAUAUGGAAAUCCAAAUGGUAAUAUAAGUACAAAUGUUAAUGAUUGGCCACUUUAUUCUUAUCCUGAACGUGCACAUAUUGUACUUGAUGUUUUUAAUAUAUCUACUGGUAUUGCUCAUCGUGCUGAUUAUUGUACAUUUUGGGAACAUUAUGUACCUCUUUUAAUAGAAAAAUUUGAGCGAUGUGGUAUUUAUGCUCCUUCGCCACCAUUACUAGAUGAAAAAUCUUCAACUUCAUCAAGAACAAAUUUAUGUUUUCAUAUAUUCUUUCUUUGUUUUAUUAUCCUUCGAUUAAAAUAA